AUGUCUGCGCACCCGCAUCCCUUAGUGUCCAAGCCAGAUGUUUUACGGGAGAUAUUUGGACAUCUGGGGGACACUCCUCGUUCGCUCGCAGACUCAGCUCGGGCUUGCCAAGCGUUUUUUCCUCACGCCGUCGAUGUCUUGUGGGAGAAACUCGAUGAUCCGGUGCCCUUAUUGAAGACCUUGGGGGAAUCUCUUGUUGAGGAUAAAAACGAAGACGGUAGAGGAGUUUAUGUUCUGGACGGAUACAUAUCCGAAGAACAAUGGCAGCGCUUCCAUAGCUACGCUCGUCGCGUACGAAUUUUGACAGUUGUCGAGGAGAACCUCACCAUCCACCCCUCGGUUUACUCCGAACUCACUUUCCGAGCACGCCGGCAGCCCGUGUUCUCUGCGCUGGUCCACCUCUCGUGGGAAUCAGUACAUCCGUUCGGCACACACUUGCUAGCUUUCAUAAGCUCAUCUCUUCAUCGUGUGGAGAUUAUAUACGGGCCGCCGUAUUCCAUGCGAGAAAGGCCUGCCAUGAAAGAUCGUACGUUGGGGAGGGCGCUGUGCACGCUCAGCUCCGAGGCCCCAUUCGUGUAUCAACUACAUCUGGAUGCAUCUAUCUUUCAUUCAGAGUCGCUCUAUGCCAUCUCCCAUUUCACCCGGCUCCGAGAACUGCGAAUUGCGAGUGCUGUAUCGGCAUCCGAGGUUGUGCGUUGCUGCGGCUCGCUGGAGGAGCUUGUCAAUUUGCAGCUGUUCAACUUCACGGGAGCCGAGGCUAACGACGCGCCUUUCGUGGGUGGCUUCGAUAAUCUGGAGGAGUUGUGGGUGACGGGCAGUUCCACGACCCUAGCCAAGCUCUUGCGUGCGGUGACGUCGCCUCGCCUUCGCAUGGCGGGCAUCUGCUUCACCCCGGAGGGCGGGAAUUGGAAUGACUGGCGCAAAUGCCUUGCGUUACUCAGCUCUCAGUUCGCUGGUUCACUCCGCCAACUCGGGCUCCGAUUCCACAAUAACGAUGAGUCUGACCUGCAUCUCAUGGAUUUCAUACAUCCUCUCCUCGAUAUUCACGGACUGCGCGAGGUCGAGCUCGAAGUCGAGCAUCCACCGGCGGAGUUGACCGACAGCGAUGUCCACGACCUCGCGAGCGCUUGGCGCGAUAUUGAGAAGCUCACCGUGGAACUGCGCAGCAACAGCAUGCCUAUGAGUCCGUCCGCGCUCUCCCUCGUGGAAUUCGCCCGCUAUUGUCCGAGGCUCGUUUGCCUGGAGUUCAACCCCCUCAAUGUGCUCCUGCCGCUCCCACCCCCGUCCCCGUCGUGCCCCCUGCCAUCUCUUGCCAGCCUGGAGGACUUGUCAAUCCCGUAUCACCUCAUCCCGGACACGAAUGAGGAACAGAUCGCCCGCUUUCUCGACAGUAUCUUCCCGAACUUAGACCUUAGGCUGUGCCGCUACCCGGGCGCCGUGGAAGAGGAUCACAAUUCAGAAUUCCCUGCCAUGUCUAGGCUGCGGGCUGCCUGGAAAAGUCAAUCAUAA